CGACGGGCGUGGCUUCACGCAGCGCUCGUGUCAAACCACUCGCGCCGAUUCCGUGUUAGUAAACACGAGCAUGUUGAGGAGUGAACACGGAUUAAAAGAGCGUUGACAGCCUUUACGGAAUAAAAACAGCUCUGAGACACAUUCGCGCAUUGGCGGCUUUGGUGCGUCUGAUGGAGGAUGAUGAAGAGGAACAGCUUCCUCACAGCCGUGAAACGCCACUGACAAACCAGAGCACAGAGAACAGAGACGCCUCUCGUGGACAAACCCCUACCAGACAAGGACGGUUCGAAAACAGAUCCACGCAGACUUUAAAUUCAGCGAGAGCCGGAGAAAUGGCACCGCUCCAGGGUUCUGAAAGAGGAACAGCAUCUCACUGUGGAGAUGCGGAGGCCAGGACUGCCUUUAGAGGGCUUUGUGGCUUCGCGUCAUUUGCGACGGCCCCUGGGGUCUUGGAGGGGCCAAGAGCACUUUUUCACGGCAAUGCUGGGUUUCGUGCACACUUCCCCGCCCUGUUCGAACCCGUGCCGGAUGCAAACUCAGAAGAAAGCGAGGUGGAGGAAAGGAGGACAGAAGACAAAGACGACGAAGACGAGGCAGGAACCAGCGUGGAGGUUCAGAUCGGCCGCAAAUUACGGGAAAUGGGUGACCACUUUCAGCGCGAACAUCUUCAACUGUUCACACAGCAUCAAAGAGACCAGAUGGGUUGGUUCCAGCUAGUGACGUCACUGUACAACUUUCUAUUUCCACAAGAAGGACCCCAAAAUGUUGGAGCGCAGAGAUGAGAGACCGCCACACCUGUUUAGGAUGCAAGGGUGUUCAACACAGCACUAAGAUCUGGAUUAUGUGGCUCCAAAACAGUGUUAUGGGGAUCACUGGAAAGUUGCUGCUGGUCGGAGACUUUCCUGCUUUUUCAUUCUCAGAGUGGAGCGUUGGAGCAAGCUUGAUUCUUUCUGGAGGUUACCUAUCAAUAUUAAAGUCUCAAUAAUCUGCCUUAUCUCUCUCCAACAUUUUUAUUCCACACGAGCGACUCUCAUCAGCGGAUGCUCAGGCAAUGUCUCUGCUGAAGACACCAGAAGAGAUUCUUGAGCUUUCUCUGCUAAUUCGCAGUUUGACUCACGUCCCCGUGGCUGUUAUCGGUGUUAUUGGGAUAGAAUUGAAGAAUUUUGUUCAGUCUCAACGGAUGUUUGAUGUCUCAACCAGUACAAUGCUGGUAAUCCAGAUGCCAGUAACGUGCUUCAUAAAAGACAAACGCACAGAAAAACAUUAAAAAUGUUUUACUACCUGAAAAUCAAAAUCGAGCCAUUUUUGAUAAAAAGAAAGAGAGAGAAAUAUGAUUUUUGUUAUUAAAACUGAUACAUGUUGGUCUUUGCUAAAGAAUAUGCUUUCUCAUUAAGGGUGAAUGUACCACAUUCAAUUCACAGACGAAAAAUAUGCGAACUAAACAUCUAGCAUGCUUCUUUGUUGAACAACAUAAAUUUUAAAACUUAUGAAUUUGCCUUAAUGAAUUUCUCUGUUCUGAAUUUCCAUUCUGCUGUUUUAUAGCGCAGAUAUAUGAAUUACGUAAUGAUACUUAGAGAUGAAAUUCAUUUCUCUCAGGCACUGAGGUAUAAGUUUAAAACCAGGGUUUUAAACCACCAGUUAAAUAAUUGACCCUUUGCUAUGCCCGAUUAAAACAUAAACAUUACUAUAAAAUGUUUACAUAAAAACAUUAUGUAAACAUAAUGUUUACAUAAUGAUAAAAACAUUACUGACCAAUUCACAAUACAUGCUUUGUUUCUAAAGCAGGUUUAUGAAAUUGACACAAUAAAAAAAGUACAAUUAAAAACCUUAAUCAAGAGGCAGGACAUAGAAAAGGGUCGAUUGUGGACAACCGGGAGUUUAAAAACCACCAAACCAUCUUUUACAGUUUAACCCAAGCGCGAUACAUGCAAUCAUAAUAUUUAUUAAAUGAAUAUUUGUAAAUAGCAAUCACUGGUUAUAAAGAGGAGCUUUUUAUGACUAUAAAUGUAUUAGAGGGAACGUGUCCUCAUCUGUAAGGCAUAAAAUAUGCUUUGCUCAAAAAGGAGGACAAUAAUGAACUCAAAAGAUGUAGAUUUCUUCUAUAAGCGUCCAGUGAAACGGCCAGACUGCGUCAUGAGCCUGGCUUAUGAUCUGGUGUCUGUUAAUAUUUUAGAGUUUGUAUAUGAUAAGUACUUAUUUAUUUUCCAUAUAUCUUAAACCUAUAAUGUAAAGUGAAAUGAAUAUAAAUAUGAGAUUAAUUUCUAAAAUCUUUCCAUUGCCGAUUACUUAAAUGCUUUCUUUGUGGUACAAUCUACUGAGGUGCCUGUACUUUGCAGUUUACAACUUUAUAAGGUUAGCUUGUGCAUUAUUGAUAAAGGGAUACAGUUUAUGACACGUUCAUGUUUUCUAUGAUUGCAUAUUAUUUUCAAUUCCAGACCAUUUUGUUUCCUGAAAACAUUCCAUGGAGGUUAUUUCCAGUGGUGUGAUGUGAUGUAUUGUUGUCGUUUUCUUUUGACGGGUGUGCCUGUAACGCUUGUGUGUUGUUAUCAACAACACUCGCAGACAAUCAAACAGCUGAAGGUGCCUUAACAGCAGGCAGGUGAUGAAGAUUCACGAUAUCAUCACUCCAAACAGAUCUGAGCGUUGCUAGCGCUGGUUCUUUGGGUUGAGGGAGACUGCAAAACAUUUACCUCGACCUUAAUGACAGAGACUAUCAGAUUUAUCUCGCCAGCUGAAGAAUAACAGGAUAAAACCUCUGCCAUCUGAUUCCUCCAGUAUGAAAUGCUGUUACAAAUGCACUUGCUUCAAAAAAAUCUUGUCAAAGUCGAUAAAUUUGGAAUGUUUACGGGACUUUUUUAAUUUUGGUACUUUGUCAUAGACUCUGAGAAAUGCACAAUUCUCGUAUUAAAUGCUUUUAUGGAAAUGUCUUUUUUUAUCAUGCAUCAUAAAGGCUGUCAUUUAAAUGCUGAAAAUUUCUGCAAUUACCUGCAUUAAAGUAUUUAUGGAUACUCA